AAAAAUAAUAACUAAAUGACGUCGUUGUACUCAGAAAAAGACACAACGACCCAACUACAAACAACAACAAACUUACAGAGUACCGACAAAACAACAACAGACACACAGAGUACCGGCAAACCAGCAACGUAUGACAAAACACUAACAGACACACAAAGGGCCUUUACAACAACAACAAACAAUGACCCACUAGAACAGAUGAAGACAUCGGGUGAAUUCUCAACAAUCCAUGUCGUCAUGUCUUCAUUAGGAAGUAUUGUUGGAACGAGUGUCGUAUUUAUUAUUGGAAUUUACUGUAAGAAACGAAUAAACAAUUACGUCACUGUACCCCCUCCCCUACAACAAGAGCUGCAUCUUGAACCAACACGUCAAUACUAUGACAUCACAAACGAACGGAAUCAAGCGCAGCAUGACGUCACCGCACCCCCUCCCCCACAACAAGGGGAGUAUCUUGAACCGAUACGUCACGACUCCAACGAUGGUUACGUCACAUUUGAAUCGAACCAAUAGGCGAUUGUGACGUGUCGAAACACGUGAUACCAACGAAUAACGUCACGUAUCUAACUCAGCGAUAUUUUAUUUUAUAAAAGUUAAACCAUAUCUAUGGUUAAACGAGAAACUUCUCUUCUUUUUAGACCACAUACGAUGUCAUUUAGCUUUUUCUCACAUCACCCCGUCUUCUCAACUCUCUGCCCUUUUCUUUCGCAC